AUGAGCAGCUGGCGCUCUUUCUGGGGCGGAGGUAGCAGUCGUACAUCGCCCUUUGGAUCCCGAAAUUACCCGCCAAACGUCACAGAAGAUGAUUUCUCAUACAUUACCUCGGAGGACCUGCAGCGGCCGGGCGCAUCAUACGAUCCUCACCGACCACCUCCGCCUUCCAUGGCAGCGGAAGAUGAUAUCCUGUUGAUUAAGAACAAGGGCACUACGUAUCCGAUUAAAUUCCCAUCAUAUAGCAUUGGGGAUGGGAAGCUUCAGGUUCGGGAUUUGAAGGAGCGGGCCGCUACGGUUAUGGACCUCCCAGAUAGCCGGAGGGUCAAGCUGCUGUAUAAGGGGCAGCAGCUGAAGGAUGACUAUAGGCCGUGCCGGGACUACGGUCUGCGGAAUCAGUCAGAGAUCCUUUGUAUGGUUGGAGAGCCGCAGGCGGGCAGCGACGAUUCUGAGGACGGUAGUGAGGCGACAGAAGGGAGUGGGAAGAAGAAGCGGGUUCGCAAGAGCAAGAGCAAGAAGAAGGGGAAGAAGAAGGGUGACCCAUAUCUAUCACCAGCAGACGGCCAAAGUUCUACGAAUUCGAGAACCGUCUCCCCUGCGCCACCAACGCCCCAGUCACCCCUAGCAAAGUUACAGGCUAUUUCUUCGCAUUUCCACACGAAGAUCCUCCCUCUCUGCGUUCAGUUUACUGCUGCACCGCCAGAAGAUCCAAAGAGGAGAGAUUUUGAGCACACGAAAUUGGCAGAGACCAUUAUGAACGAGGUGUUGCUGAAACUGGAUGCUGUUGAGACAGAUGGCGAUAAUGAAGCCAGGGAUAAGAGGCGAGCUCUGGUAAAAGAGACGCAGGGCGUCCUGAAUGGCUUAGACGCAAAAGUAGCGGCAUAA